AUGUCAUUUAAUAAGUCCAGGCAACGAAGUAGUGAUGGGUCAGAUGGGAAAAUGCAUGUAGCAGAACUCCAUGCUGUUCCUGGACUUACUUCUUUUGUUGAUGGAACUGCCCAUCUGCAUAAGACAGAAGACAAUAGGAAUGUACCUUCACUGAAAUGUGAAGUUAGUCGUGCUUGGAGUUUCAGUGCUGAAGUUGAGCAAAAUCAUGGCAGGAAGUCUGAGGAGGCUAUUCUUGAGAAAGAUUUUGAUACCUUUGUUGAUGCAUAUGGUAGUGGUUCAAGCACCAGAGUCACUCAGAUUCAGGAAGCCUGCACUGUUGAAUUAAAUGAUAACAGUGCAGAUGAAAAUCAACAAACAGUUGAAAGUGACAAAGAGAAAGGCAGCACAAUGAGAGAGGCUAUUCUUGAGAAAGAUUUUGAUACCUUUGUUGAUGCAUAUGGUAGUGGUUCGAGCACCAGAGUCACUCAGAUUCAGGAAGCCUGCACUGUUGAAUUAAAUGAUAACAGUGUAGAUGAAAAUCAACAAACAAUUGAAAGUGACAGCACAAUGAGACUCUCUUAUCUCUUUAUUGCACGUCACCGUUGGAGAUACCAUCGGCAAUGUGACGCUCAUGAUGCCGACACCACGUUGGCGUUGUGCGCAGCAAUGCGAUGUCCGCCCUCUACCAUUCCAGACCUCCUUGCCACAGUGGAUCUCACACAUCAAGCUGCCACCACCACUAUUAGCCCCAGGGAUUCGGCGUCUACGAACAACCCCAAUAUGCGGAUAACAGAUCUCGAAGAAGCCACCAGACCUAAUCUUCGAUACCGUCUAGUCAACCACAAAGUAUAG